AUGUUGAUAUUAAGUGACCUGGUAUUUGCUUGUGGAGGCAAAGGAAUAACUGAAAAUCUGCUAAAUUUUAAACCGCUCAUUCUUGCUCUCUCCAAUUCAACAUCUCAAUCUGAGUGCACUGCGGAAGAAGCUUAUACGUGGAGCAAGGGUCAAGCAAUCUUUGCUAGUGGUAGCCCAUUUGAUCCUGUUGAAUAUGAAGGAAAAGUCUUUGUUCCUGGACAGGCCAACAAUGCUUACAUAUUCCCUGGUUUUGGCUUGGGUUUGCUCAUCUCCGGUGUAAUCCGCGUCCGCGAUGAGAUGCUCUUGGUAGCCUGUGAGUUCAUUCAAGCUAAGAGAGAUUAAAUAUACUAAAAUCAAUUCAAUCUAAAUUCCAAGAAGGUAGAACCAAGAACUCACUAACGGUUUCUUCUUAUGCAACAGCUGAAGCUUUGGCUGCACAAGUGUCACAGGAGAACUAUGAUAAAGGACUGAUUUACCCUCCAUUCUCAAAUAUCAGAAAGAUAUCAGCACAUAUUGCUGCUAACGUGGCAGCAAGGCAUAUGAACUUGGUCUUGCUUCUCAUCUACCUCGACCUAAGGAUCUUGUCAAAUAUGCAGAAAGUUGCAUGUACAGCCCAGGCUACAGAAACUACUGUUGAGAUUUUUGAACCAUAUUAUAUCAUGUUUUGUUUAGUUUAGUUUCAAAGGCUACAAACUAUGAUUCAGACCAAAGCUUGUGGCGGCUUCAUGAACUAAACCAAGCAGAACAUAUUAGUAGUGUGCUCUCCGCGGUUUUACAGUUUUGAGAUACUUGUUAGGAACAGAUUCAUUUUAUUGCUAAGAUAGAUUGUUGUACAAGGCAUCGCCAUAGGAACUUAAAUUCUUCAACCAGUUGUGAGAGAAGUUUGCUAA